GCAAUACGCCAGCUAGUGAAAAAGAUAAUUGGUGAUUUAGCGUUGUUCGGUUGGCUUCCCGUACGUCAAAUGUAAAUAAAACAUGGCUCCUAGGCGAGGUAGAAAUACGAAAACGAUAAACAAUCCGAAUUACAGUAAUUUAAGCAUCGACGAUGUUCUAUGUCCGAUUUGCCGGAGCGUUUUGACGCAGCCCGUGACUUUGCCUUGCAACCAUGGCUUUUGCUUCGCGUGUUUCGAAGGUACGAUGCAAAAUGCUAACUUGGCCUGUCCGCUGUGCAGGGUGAGAAUCGGGUCCUGGUACCGGAUUGCCAAGAAGGAGAAGAGGCUGGUCAAUCAACGGUUGUGGGAGAUUUUGAGGGAGAAGUUCCCCAAACAGCUGGAAAACAAGCUGAAGGGCAUUGAUGAGCAGACAGUUGAAGAAGUGAAGAUACCAAUAGCAACACCAGGUGAGAUUAGAAGGGAAUAUGAGUUACAAAAACGGAAAGAAGAUGAGGAAUUAAAGCAAGAAAGAGAAAAAGAACAAAUUGCCAGUGAGGCUCUUAUAGAAAAACUUAAAAGGGAAGAGAAAGAGUACCUAGAAGCAGUAAAGGAAGAGGAAUUGAAAAAGAUAAAAUUGGAUGCCCAAGUAGCAAAAAAGUUGUCGCAGGAAUUCCAAAAAACUCCUGUCCGCAAGACGACUCUCGACCACUUUUUCAACAACAAAGAUUCCAAUAAAAAGAUGACCCCCAAAAUGCAGAAUUUCGCCACUAAAGAGUACACAUGCAGGGUUUUAUGCUUAGAUGUCAAUUCAAGUCAGCCUUCCACAAGUAAGGGUUAUUGUGGCAUGCCGGUUUAUCAGAAAAAAAUACAGCAGCUGCAAAAGAUUGUUGUCAAUGUUGAUAGCAGCGAUGGCAGCGACUGCAUUGAACAGGAAUGCCGUUAUUUUAAGCCUAUAGAUUACAGGCACAACCCACCGUCCGCUGGAAAAGCCCCUAUCAAAGUUCCUACAAGAAGGGCUACUUUAUGCGAUCCCAGUAAAAUAUUAAGGCCUUCUGGUGACAUAAACUUCCAAUCAAACAUACUCGAAUCAGCAUUUGCAAGGAUAUCAAUAGACGUUUUACCUCCACAAAACUACAAAAGUACUGAACCGACUCAAAACAAAAACAAAGCGAUAAUCGAAGAGACCCCCGGUAAAAGAAAAGCGGCAAAUAACGCCAAAACAUCGCCGUCUAAAAGGAAGAAGAGCGACGCAUCGCCAGCGAAACCGAAAAGGCAAAUAUUUCAGGAAAAUACAAGUCCCAAAUUUUUCGGUUUCGAUAACAGUGCCAUAAAAAAUAGCUUGCGGAAUCGGAACUUGGACAGCGCGAAAAAAAUUCAGGAGAAGGCGGACUUUGAGUUUGCCCGCAAGUUGCAACAGGAAUUGAACAGGACCUCUCAGUAUUCGACUAGGAGCCAGAUUUCCUCUACGCGCACUCGAAGGUCCAAAAGACAAAUAACUUUAGACGAGAUUGUAUCAAACGCUUACAAAGUUGUUUAAUGGAACAUAACUUUAAUUAUAUUUACAUAGAUAUAGUUCCAUGUAUUUUUGCUUUUUAUUAAAAGCAUACUGUAUGUAAUAGUAUUUACAAAUUUUGUGUUAUGCUGCCUAAAUCCAAGUUAACGAAUUUUAUUUUGUUUCUUGGUGCAUAUACUCCAAUACUUGUACAUUGUGUUAUCUAAUAACAAUUUCAAAUUGUGUAUAUAAAAAUUAUAUAUUUUUAUAUUAUGUAGAAACUGAUUUCAUUGUACUUUUUUUAAGCCAAAGAUGAUUUCAGUCCUUGAUUUUUUUCCAUUUUCGCCAAAACAAAGCAAAUAAAUGAUAUUAAAUGCUUUUCACAGACAAUCAACUUAAUUAUCCAUUAUUAUUUCAAUUAUGAGUGAUAGCAUUUGUGAUUGUUGAAAAAAAUUAAUUUAAAAGAAUUAUAAUGGCAAAAAAGCUUCUAUCAUAGUCAAUUUGUUUUGUUUUAUUAUCUAAGAGCAGAAUUUAAUUUUUAUUUGUAAAAUGUUGCUGUGAUAUCAACAGCUGUUAUAUUUUUUAAUAAAAAUCCGUUUCAAAGA